GGAAUAAGGAGAAGUUCGGUCUCGCCUGCGUCGGGGGGCGGAGACUGGGGCUUGAGAAGGCCCCGCCUCUGCCCCGGCGCGGUGCCCUUCGGAAUUCUUCCCCUGAGGGGUGUUCGCAGUUGGUGUCCGGAACUUUGUUUGCGGGCGGCGGGGCGGGCGGAAGGUUUUUCCGCACGGACCAGACCAGGCUGUGCCGGGAGCGGGAGCUAUGGUGGGCUGGGGGCCGCUGCUGUGCCGGGCGGGGGUGCGCCUGCUGGCGGGAAGUCCGGGCGGCCCAGUGCAGGCGGCGGCCGGUACCGGGAACAGGGGACCCUGGUGCUUUAUAGUCAGGCAUAUUAAUAGCACCACCUGGUGGGAUGAACAUCUUUCUGAAGAGAACACCCAGUUCCUUAAGCAGUUAACAGCAGAAGAAUACAGAGCUCAAACAGCCAGUAAACUGUGUCCACUGAAAGAUGAGCCUUGGCCACUGCACUCAUGGAAACCAGGUUCCCGCAGAGUUGGCCUUGUUGCAAUAAAGUUGGGAAUGAUUCCGUUAUGGACCAAGGAUGGUGAAAGACAUGCUGUCACAUUACUUCAGGUGAAAGACUGCCAUGUUUUAAAGUACACACCAAAGGAGUAUAAUGGAAAAACAGCUACCCUACUCAUUGGAGGGAAAAAUUCAUCUCCUUUUUAUAAACCAGAGUCUGCAAUGGAGGUUUUCAGAGAAGCAGGAGUACCACCAAAGCAGAAAACUACAAUAUUUAAGGUGUCAGAUAAUGCUAUAAUUAAGCCAGGUACUCCUCUGUAUGCAGCUCACUUCCGUCCAGGGCAGUUUGUGGAUGUCACUGCCAAAACAAUUGGUAAAGGAUUUCAAGGAGUCAUGAAAAGAUGGGGAUUUAAAGGCCAGCCGGCCUCCCAUGGCCAAACUAAAACACACAGAAGACCUGGGGCAAUAUCCAACACUGCUGCUGGCAAAGUUUUCCGUGGAACAAAAAUGCCUGGGAAAAUGGGUAAUAUCUACAGGACUGCUUUUGGAUUAAAGGUGUGGAGGAUCAACACAAAGCACAACAUUAUUUAUGUAAAUGGUUCUGUCCCAGGUCACAAAAAUUGUUUGGUAAAGGUCAAAGAUACAAAUGUACCUACUUACCGAGACUGCAAUAAAAAUCCUCCAUUCCCCACAUUUUUUGCUGAUGGAGAAGAAGAGCUACCAGAAGACUUGUACGAUCAGGAAGUUUUCCAGUUCACUGAUCCCUCUGUCAUAUAUGUUUAGUGUUAUUGACAUCUUUAAGAACGUGCAACUUUCACAUUGUUUCUGUGAACUUUUCAAUGCUGAACAAUUACAAACCCAGAAACUGCACUCUAGCUGAAUGACCUGAACGCAUCAAACAUUAUGGGGUUUUUUUUUCAGGUAGCAAGAUUUACCACAAUCUGUUCCAAAACCGUAUUAAAACAGUGGGUGGUGGUAAGUUGGUGUGUCUCAGGGAAGGGUUUCAAAGUAAUGGGUAUAUUGUUGACUUAUCUUUUUACAUUACAAAAUCGCUUCUUGUAACUUUUUCCCUUUCACAGACUGCCAAGAUUUAUAUUUCUUUAAAUCCAUUGUCUUGGAAUUGCGUUCAUCGGUUACAUGAUUGAUGAAGUUGAGACUAUUAACAGAACAAAAUUUAUAGUUGUUUUUUCCCCUGAGGGAUAUGUACUGAUUAACUUGGACUAAACAGAAAAUAAAAGGUUUAUUAAAUAUC